GUUCAAUGAGGAGUAAUAUGAAUUACACGAAGUUACAAGUAGCCUAUGCUUAACACGUCCUUGAUUGUAUCUGUUUCAUGCCCACUCUAGAUAGGUGAACACGACCUGGAAAUUACAAAGCUUCAUUUCAUUGUCAGUUAAGCUCAUGCGAACGUUAAAACGAGUACGGUCUGCAGUGAAUCGGUUUCAACAAACAAAACUCUCUCUUGACAUGGAGAACACUGUUCCGCGGAAUAAACGAGGUUUCCUAUCCUCGAUACCUUCUGAAUCUUUAUGGAAAACUGAAUGUUUAUAGUUUGUAAAUAAUUAAUCGUAAAUUCGAUCAUAACAACAAUCAUACACGCGAAUAUCCUCUUUGAUCGUUAUAGUGUGCUGAUAUCAUAGAUAUUGUUAAUCAAAAAAUUUAAAUGUGCUUUUUACUAAGUGUCAUGAUUUUUAGCGAUGUAAUUAUAUAGCAAUUGUAUCUGUGAAAUAUACCAAUAGUAAAUGUGUCUUAUGUUUGUACUGUUCGAAAUGAUAUACAUAGUUAUACAUCCAAUAUGAUUGAUUGUUGUAUCGUGUAAUAUAAUCAAUGGCCGUGGAACGAUUAAAAUUUCAUUGGAUCCAAAAUUUAAAUUUUUAAAUGUUGUAAAUGGUAUCAAGAAUGAUCGAAUGAUUGUAAUCCCAGUGAUUAAUAUGUUCGCUGCUAUUCCCGUCCUGCCAUUUGAACACAAGCUCUAUAUGAUGUUAAAUGACGCUGUCUAAUUAUAUUAUUACCGCGAUAAGGAUAUAAAAAUAGAAGUAACAUAUAACUGUGUGCAUGUGAAGGAGGAGAAGUAAAAAUACAAAGAUAUAUAAAAAUAAAAUUAGGAAUCAAAUAGCAAAAGCACUCGUUAUGAUUCUAUACUUAUGCUGUCGCCCAACCGGACUGUGGUCCCAUUCAGAAUGUACACUGUUAAUGCGAGGUGAUUACGCAUUUGUCACCAGUCAAUGCCAAUCGUUUCGAGUAGAGAACCGGUAGAGUUCGACGUUAAGGCAUUACAGUACGGAUUGCAUCUAUCGUCCUACCUAUCGACAUAUAUCUAUCUACCUAUUGACAUGAGGAUAGUUAAGUGCGCUAACCUACACAAAACAAGGAAAAAGCAGGUGUUUCGAUGAUUCCGAAUGCUAUUAGAAGUAUUAAAUAACGUUUAAUCGAUUUUGUAUUUAUAUUGAUCGUACUUUAUUGGUGCCAAGCUCUUUUUGCUCUUUUCUACACUAAUGUCUCCACAGAGCCAACUGCUAUCCGAUGCUGAACGCUAUUCUAAUAAUUUCUCAAUUAAUAAAACAGUAGUUUGAAGGACAGUAGAAAUAUAAACAUCAUUCAAGUAUGUAAUAUAAAUUAAUAAAAAAUAAAUAAUGAAGUAAUUUUAAUCCAGCUAGUUACAAUAGAUAUUUCAAAAAGAAAGACACAUUAUUGUAGAGCGUACAUUAUCAGCAAGUUGAAUUGUGUGACAUGCAUUAGAAUCACGCGUCUAAUCGCAUUUCUGUUUUAUAUGUAGAAUUAUGCAUGAAUGUAAUUUAAAUAAUAGCGCACAUAGUUCAAUACUUUGUUACUAUUAUACUUAACAUUUUAUACGCAUUGCAAUGUAAUACAGUUAACAGAUAUUUGCUGCCUUUAGAGUGAAACAACUUUCCCUUUUUGGGAUUGAAUUGGUUACUCGAAAAUGUCGAACAAACAUUUCAUUCCAAAUGCAAUCAUGCAUUUCUCCCAAUACUAUCGAACAAUAUCGCCCAUAUGAAUCAAUAUUCAACUGUACAUGAGCAUGAAACUCGACGAGAGGUCAAGUGCAAGUAUAAUGCAUAAUAUCAAAGUACAAUAGAUCAAAUAUAUGAUUUGCUCUUGUUAACUCAUAUUGAACAAAGUUGACAACGUAUAUUCGAAUGAAUACUUUUAUGCAUUGCAAACAUUUUCAAACCGAUGAUGCAUUGGAAUUAUAAAUUAUGUUUUUAUAAAUAUUUAAAAUAUACAUAUACUCUCUUUCGUACGAGUAAAAUGCAGAGCAUAAAGUAACAUAAAGUUUAAAAAACAUUCUGAUUAUGUAAAAUGUUACUAUAAAUUAAAUGGAUAUUCAAUAAUUCAUAAAUUGUGUACAACGCCAUCUUCCGAUAGCUUUGGAAAGUACAUAUUCAGUAUCAUAGGGUCUUCGACCUGUCCUUUUCUCGUUAGUGUGUGCUUUCAGUGCUUUGACGUUUUAAUGUGUGAUGUGAGCCCCGAACUAGCUGCCACUCGCUGGGAAAUCUACGAUUCUAUGACAGAGACAGACAGGUAUAAAAGGUUGACGUAUGUUUCAUGUGUAGUAGGAAGUACAAAUUGGUUCACUUGUCGUGGAAUCGUUGCUUUUACGUUCAUUAUCGAUCAACUGUGCAUACUUGGCCGGCCGGCAGAUAGUCGACGAAACGCCGGGCCAGCUAAGCAACUAAUAAAAAGUUCAUAUGAACGAUCGCGAAAGCAAUCCUCAAUCAUAGGAGGGGUAUAUGUUCACACGUUCUGCGUAUUAGAAAACAAUAUUAUCAGGAAAUUUCGUACAAAAAGAGUAAUUAUAUCAUUGAUCAUUUCUGUGAAACAAUCUGGGUCAUUAGCAUGCCAACUAUGCGCGAGUUUGUGCUGAACAAAUUUACCAACGCGCAUGCUCGUAGUACGAAAUACACGCGGGAAAAUAUUGCAGAUGAAAACGUAAACUCCAUGCAAAUAUUCACUCUGGAACUUAAGAUUUAAUCAUACAAUUUAUAAUCUUAGACUUUUCUAUGCUGCAGAACAUGCUGAGUCACUGAAUAUUUGCAGCAAAUAUUAUAUAAAUAUUUGCAAUAACAAUGAUGAGGAUUUCCUUAAACAUCUGAAUAUUGUUGUCCCGUAACCAAGAUAAACAUUGUUGGAACGCACAUUGGAUAAAAUGGAAUAUGGAAAGUUGUGGAAGCACGAUCUUCAUCUCGUAUGCAAAUAAACGACGGAUAUAUAUUCUGACACAGAGACAUGUUAAUGAGGAAGACGAUUUCAUAAAAUCUUAGGCCUUCGAAUAUUGUUGACCGAGAAGCAGGUUGACUCUAUGUAUCACCAAUGUUUUGAAGCGUUCACGUCAAGUCGAUUAUCCAUAUAAAACAUUGUAUAAGAGCUCAAAUGUUGCUUACCUUGAAUCUUUAAUAGUUUCUCUAUUUAGAGUAGAGUAUAAUAUAGUACUCAAUACUUUAUAUCUCAUUUGUUUCAGUUUUUGAAUCAAGUAACAUCAAAUUUAGAAAUUAAGGAGUCUAUUAGGUUCAGUUAAAAGUAUUGUUAAGAUAAUUGUUAUAUUUAAUUGUUGAUAAUAUAUUGAUCUUUUCAAUAUUUUAAUAUUAUAACGAGCAAUAUUUGUAAAAAUAUAUAAAAAUAUAUCUUUCACCUCAAACGUGAAGAAAGGAUAAUGUUGGUAACGUAUAAUUAGUUGACAACAGAAUUUUUAUGGAAGGAAAUUUAAAACUGUUGCUCUGUAAAAAAUUAAAAAAAUAGGAAAUAUGACUUAUUAUAUCCUUUCUCUCUAGUUUUCAAUUGAAAAGAAGUCAAGUGAUCCCGGGGAGCAUUUAAUGAAACGGAUGACUCGGCUGGCCAGUUUCCCGCCAGUAGCAUGAGUUUGGUGUCUGUAUUUCUACGUUAAAAUUUCUCAGAGGGGGAUGCAAACGCUUCCAGCGACUUUCUUGCUUCCUCCGCGAGUGUAGUUCACGGGAGCGCCCUUGCAAGGACAGCGGCCUUUCAGGGCUUUCAAGCCUUUCGGGGCGAACGUUUAAAACGAGGCAAGUGGACAAGAGAAAGCGAGUCAAGACGAGUAUACAGACAGAACCAGCCGCCUUCUCUUGCUUUUCUGUAUCUCCUUCUGUCUCCUUCUCUCCCCUUCUUCUUUCUCCGUACCACCCAUUCUUCCCUCCUUUCAUUUACCUCCCUCCAAAGUUCAAAUGCUUCCCUUCUCCUCUUUCCUUCUCUCUGGCUCGCAGGAAACCAGUCGCGAUUUUUCACGCGGUGGGAACUAGAAGCCGCUCCCUACUAUAAAUAGCCUUCGAGUUCGCUCUCGAGCUCUGCUCUCUCGGCCUCCAACGGCGAUGGGAGUAGCUAAAAGGGGGUAGCCAUCCAUGGGCGCCGACACACUGACGUUUCAACAUUAUUUUUUACCACCAGUUUCUAAUUCUACAUUCUGCUUCAACAAGGAUGCUGUGCCCCUUUCUAUCAACACUUGGACUCGCGAUAACGAUUUUAAGGUGGCACCUUUUUUCUUUAUUUUGUUUACUUUACUGCCCUCUUUACUAAACUUGAUUAAUUGACGAUGAAAUUGUUCGUAGAUAGUCAUUAGUAGACUGUGAAUCUGUAUACAUGUAUGGGAAAUUUGAAGGUACAAAAAUGCACAGAAAACACAUAAUAUGCAAAAAUAUAUGAAACAUCCGAAGUAUAAUACUCUUUACAAUAUUUAACAGAUAAAACAAUUUUCUAUCUAAGUUCCAUUUUACAAAUUAUAUUUACAAAAAUACGUUUUUUCAUAAAUAGUAGAAGACAAUGGAAAAUUGUUUUUUAUCUUUGUGUUUUAAUUAGAACCUUUUUUUGUAGAAACAUUGAAGUUUGGCGCAAUUAAAAAUAUUAUGUUAAAUGGGACCUUUAAAUUUAAAUGAGAAAUAUGCAGUUCCAAAAUGUUCAAGAACAUUGUCUUUGGUAAAUACGGAAUAUUUAACCAGUUAUAUUCGCAUCCUUCACAGUACACAUUGCUUGAGGCAAGCAGUGACGCUGUUAGAAAUUAUUCGUUUCCCUAAGGUGCGCGAUAACUGUAAAAUGUGAGCGUUCCAAGAGAAUGUCUAUCCACGUGGGUCGUGGAAUCACGCGUCAAGGGAAGGCGUGGUUGCUGCGAUUCCGUGUGAAACAGCAUGUUGAUCAGACGAAAUUCUAUCGGCGCCCAUGUAAGUCAUGACUUUGUACGCGCGUGACAGAGGAGUAGAAGGGAUGAGCGUUGGAAUUUUUAUGGAAGGAAAAAAAGGAAAAACUUCGUGUCUGCGACCAAAAGGGGCGGUCGAAAGCCGCAAUCUUAAUUAAGAUCUUCUCAAAAUAAACAAAGAAUCAUCUACUCGAAUAAAAUGACCAACAUGCAAGUUAUUCUGAGAGAGCAUUUCAAGAAUUCCUCUAAGCUUUGCUACUUUGCGUGCUUAUAAGCAAGCGGCGCUUUACUACGACGACGUUAAGUAUAGAAGGAUUUUACACUUGUUUAUUCCAUGAAUAUUCCUCUAAAUAUUUAGAAGCAAUUAUUUUUACGUCACAAAAAAUAACUGGUUUUCUAUGAAGAUAUUUCGCUCUUAGUCAAAGAGGAAUUCUUCAUUCCUAUUUUGAAAUCUUCACAGACGCAUCCUAAGAAGUUUUUAAUUUUCAAAGUGUAAAAAAAUAGCAUAGAGCAAUGAUUUUUAUUUAAGGAACAAAGUGUCAAAAGGACGAAAAUUUAUGUAAAUUUAUUUGUGUUAGCGUCAUACUAUAUUAAUAUAAGAACUCCUUUCAAUUAGAAAAUUUAAACGCGGUCUUUUAUCAACGAAUAAUGAUAGAAAAAUGCUCUCACGAUGAAGGAAAGCAGAUAAAGAAAAGAAAUAUCGGCAAGUCCGUGGGCACGAACGAUAAAGUUACGAUUUGCUGGGCAAUCAAUGUGAAAACCGGUUGUCGGUUGGAGCAUAAUGUUUCUCAAAUCAAUUCGUACUCGACGGGAAAUACACCUGUACCCCGACUUCUCCCUUUCACGCUCUAGCCUCUCGGCACUCGCUCCGAACUCGCAUAAACGCACACACUCUAUUUAUAGAUAGCGUAAGGUUGAUUACUCUUUUCACAGAUAUAUGCCGCCUGAGUCCUUAAGUUUCAUCAUAAACGUAGAAUGGGAGAAUCAUAAACCAACGUGAUGAGAGAAUAGGCGAAUGAACGAUGGCAAUUCCAACAGAUAGGAGAAAGAAACAAAAGUCCCUUUUUAUUCUAUCUACUUGUGUUCUAAAUAUAUCGAGGUGAAAGAUUUUUAAUGAUAGAGACGUAAAAUUAUUUGAUAAUCAUGUUUUAAUUCAUUACCAGACGAUAUACAAAAAAUAUCAAAUAUAUAAUUUAAAGUAAAAGAAUAAAAUAUCUUAACUUAUUUUAAUAAGUAUCCUGUGUCUCUGAACUGUUCGAUCUAUUUUUGAGAUCGAUUUCUAUAUUAAUAAUUUAAAAAAUAUAUUACAUUAUUUGAAGUUCGCUAUCAGUAGAAUGGAUCAAUAGUUGAACAUUAUCAAGAGAAUCCUAUCCAUCCCAAGAGUUCUGAAAGAAAUAAAGUAGUAUAAGCGAAACAAGCGGGAGAAGCGUUCCACUGUGGCAUCAUCCAUAUCUUCCAGCAUAAUAACUUCAAUUUCGUCCCGCGGUAUUGCAAUUUACAAAGAAUUGGGACGCGAAAUGGAGUAGACAAAGUGUAACAGAGAAAGAGAGAGUGAGAUCUACGCUGACGAGACAAAGUGUUAUGGUUCUUAAUGUUACGGGAUAUAAUCUGGCGUCUGAACGACUGUGCGUUUCAGUCAUGCCCGUCAAUGUUUUUCCACGGACGAAAACCUGUUGUAAAUUACAUCUCUGCGUCUCGGUCCUCUUUUGUACUCGUCCUUCGAGGGAGAUCGUCCGCACGAGGAUCACCGGAGAAUCUUUCCAUCGAUUUAUUUACUUUUCUACCGGGUCACGGUGUACUGGAGAACCUCAGACCUAUCUUGCACCAUCAACUUCAUCCCUGAAGAAAUUUCUCCAUAUCAGGAAGAAAAACACAAAAAAUGAAGGACUAAGAGAGUAUUUUAGUCUUGAAGGUUUAAAAAGAAGAUCGAGAAAUAAUAAAAGGAACAUGCUCUAUCGGAUUAAUUCCCGAAAGCAAAUGGUCAACCAGCACCUUCUUGAGCAGUCAUAAAUAUUCGAAAAUCUCUAAAAGGAUUUUAUUCUGGAAGGAUCCUAAAUUCCAACAGGAGCUGCGUUCUCCAACGGUCCUAAGCCUCUUCGUGAACGAACAUCAGGCCCUGCUUCAGCACGCGACUGAAUUGCCGCGGGUGAAAGUGGGAGAUCUACAUGCACCAAAAUCCGAGCCAACACGGUCAAUCUAAACUUUCGUUAGAUCAUUGACACGUUCAAGAAACUGUCUGCUUAGAUAAAAGCACUCUUAAAGACUGUCUUACUGACAACGACUUCGAUAUAACUUCUAUUUUAUUAAAAAUGCCAUAAUCCAUCGAUAUAGACUUACAUUCUUCUCCUAAAGAAGAAAAGAUAAAGGAAGGUUUUCCAAAAUUAAAAUUCGUGAAUCGGUAACUCGAUUUAUCGAAGCGGCGAUACGAUUAAAGACCUCCUUGAGGAGAGAAAUCAUCAUUUCCGGCGAGACGGAUUCGACGAUAGAAAAAAAUUACUUUAAAAGUGUAUCCCCGAGCAGAAGGACUACGGGGAUUUGGAGGCGUAAACGGAGAAGAAUUAGAGGCAUCAAGGAAAAAUGGCGUAUGACGAUGUUAUACUUCGAAUGGGGGAGUUCGGCCGAUAUCAGCGCAGAAUCUACCUGUUGCUCUGCCUACCGGCGAUAUCCUGUGCUUUCCAUAAGAUCGCUGGAGUCUUCCUGAGCGCAAAAAUGAACGCUAGAUGUCUGUUACCACAUGAAAAUCCGGAGAAUGCCACAUAUUUUUUACCGCCACACAUACUGAAUACGAGUUAUCCAGGGGGUUACGAGCAGGAAAAAUUGUUACAAUGCUACAUGCUGGAUGUUCCUAAUAUCGUUAAUGAGACAACGAUCAAUAGGUAUGUCGACACGUCAACGAGUAAUAUACACGGAGAAAAACCAUUAACUCCAAAUGGUCUCAACACCCAAGGAUACAAGCCAUGUGAAAAGUUCGUUUAUGAUAGAAGCAAAUAUAAAAGUACUACCACUUCUGAGUGGAAUUUAGUUUGUGAUAGGUCAUGGUUGAGAGCUACGGGGGAUUCGUUAUUUAUGGUAGGAGUCAUGCUUGGCUCGAUGAUUUUCGGUGGUUUAUCCGAUAAGUUUGGGCGUAGACCAAUUUUCUUCCUGUCUUUAGUCAUACAGUUGGUCGGUGGUGUACUAGUCGCAGUUUCCCCCGAGUAUAUUUCCUACGUUGUCUUCAGGUUAAUAGUUGGCUCCACUACUAGUGGAGUCUUUUUAGUCGCCUAUGUAAUAGCCUUGGAAAUGGUAGGACCAAAGAAGCGUUUGGUAGCUGGAGUCGGCUGCCAAUUGUUCUUCACAACUGGAUAUAUUCUAACUGCUGGUUUUGCGUAUUUUAUAACCGAUUGGAGAAUGCUACAAGUCGCAAUCACUGUACCUAGCAUUGCGUUUCUUCUCUACUGGUGGUUCAUUCCUGAAUCCGCACGUUGGCUAUUGACAAAGGGUCGUGUACAAGAGGCGAAAGAUCUCCUCCAACGAGCUUCCUUAGAAAAUGGCGUAGAGAUGCCGAGCGAAGCUCUAGAUACGCUUCUUAAUAGUAAUAACGAGGAAACUACACCAGAUUAUAGAAAGCCAUCGUUAUUUGAUCUUUUUCGGUAUCCAAACUUGAGAAGAAAGAGUAUUCUACUAUUUUUCAAUUGGCUUGUAAAUAGUGGCACAUAUUAUGGUUUAUCCUGGCAUGUGUCCAACCUUGGUGGCAAUGAUUACGUUAAUUUCGUCAUAUCCGGAUUGGUGGAAAUACCUGCAUAUACGUUUUUAAUCUUCACAUUGAAUCGUUGGGGAAGAAAAAUCAUCCUGUGCGGUUGCAUGCUAAUAGCAGGAUUUGCAUUACUUGGAAUCCUGCUUGUACCUGCUGAUGCUCAGUGGCUGGUAAUAUGUUUAGCGAUGAUCGGUAAGCUCACAAUUACAUCAUCUUAUGGUGCUAUUUACGUUUUUACUGCUGAACAAUUCCCUACGGUUAUUCGAAAUGUCGGUCUUGGAGCGAGCUCGACUUUCGCUCGAAUCGGUGGAGUAAUUGCUCCACAUGUCAUUCACUUGUCUGAAAUCUGGAUGCCUCUACCAUUUGUUAUUUUUGGAUCGUGCGUACUUUUUGGUGGAGUUAUGUCGUUACUCCUUCCAGAGACGUUAAAUAAGAAGCUCCCAGAAUCUAUACAAGAUGGCGAAUUAUUUGGAAAGAAAUCGGAGAAGAAGAAGAAAAAGCAACAACUAGAUAUAGAACAACUAAACGAAGUUGAUGUGAUAAAACCACUGAAACCACAAGAAAACGGUGUUCACGAGAAGCAAAACGGAUGACGUUAAUUUAGAAAAAAAACAACGGUUAUGCUCAAAGUAUAUACUUCAAUCCUGUCUGAUUGUAUUUUAGGCACCCUUGUAUACGCGUCUUACGUAUACUAAUCUUAGUGUGCCCAUUGCAAUACUGCAAUACCAAAAACAAAACAAAAAAAAACAAAAUCACAUUUAUCUUUCAAAUUAUAUCACCAAUGAUGUAGGUUGCUUUUAAUCAAAUGAAACAUGCAAAACGUGAAAUCAAAGGAUGAUAGGAAAUGUAUACUUAGACUUUCAGCUUGUUUCGUAAUUACUGGAAAAUACACAAUGAAAGCAAGAAGGUAGCAUUUUCCUUAUGUUUAUACAUAUACGCAAUAUACAGCUUUUGUAUUUAAUAGCACAUAAAAAUUCUGCCAGCAUAUAUAUCAUUUAUUUUAAUUUCUAAAUGUGGUUUACAUACAUGUUAAGUGACCUUGAAAUAUAAGCCUGUAAAAGCUUUCGAAAGCUCACGCAGGAAAUAAUUAUAUUUCUGCGCCGAGAUCACAGGUAAAAAAUACAAAGACUUUGACGUUUUAA